UUAAUCAUCAUCGACCGCCGUAAUCAGUGUCAAAAAAACGCGAAAGUGAAAAGAUUUUGUUUCGUAGUCGGUUCCGCGUCGUAAAAAUGCAUUACAAAAGUGCAUAAAAAUAGUGAAAUUACGUCCAAAACGUAGUGCAUUUUGUUGCCCGUAUGCAAGAACCGCCCAGCAUAUCGUAAUCACUGAAAAUGUCGGUCCAUUAUAAAUUUAAAAGCGCACUCGAUUUCGAUACUAUCACUUUCGAUGGGUUGCACAUUUCGGUGGUCGACCUCAAGAAGGCCAUCAUCCACCAGAAGCGACUCGGGAAAACGAUGGAUUUUGAUCUCCAGAUAACAAAUGCGCAAACUAAAGAAGAAUUCAGCGAAGAUGCUGCACUAAUUCCGAAGAAUACUUCACUGAUAAUCGCUCGGAUACCGUUGAAAAAUGCACCCAAGAAAAAUUGGGCUCCCAAGGAUGACAGCAACCAGCAGCAAGCCGUACCUUCGAGGAAGGGCCAAGAUAGCGCCUCGGCAGCAGUCCAGUCAAACGUUGACCUUUCGACGAUGAGCGGAACGGAAGAGGACAAGAUUCGGGAGAUGAUGUUCCAGAGUACGGCGGAGUACGAUCCCACCAACUAUCAAAAGAUACGAGGCGCGUCCCAAUCUGGUGAGGUUCCCGUUAAUUAUAAGUGCUAUCGGUGUAACAAACCAGGACAUUGGAUUAAAAAUUGUCCUCUCGGCCCAUUGCCCAAAGAAGCGAUGGAGGUCAAACGCACGGCAGGGAUUCCACGUUCGUUCAUCGAACGGGACAAGGACCCCGAUAACAAUCCUAUUAUUCAGCCAUCCCAAGUGCCCCCUGAAGAAAAGCAGGCCAUUCCGGAGGAUUUGAUAUGCAGCAUCUGUAAGGAUCUUUUCACCGACGCUGUAAUGAUUCCCUGCUGCGGUAGUUCAUUUUGCGAUGAGUGCGUACGAACGGCACUCAUUGAAUCGGAAGAUAACGAAUGUCCCGAUUGCAAAGAGAAAGGUUCUUCGCCGGGAUCGCUUAUUCCAAAUCGUUUCCUGAGAAAUUCAGUGAAUGCUUUUCGUAACGAAACCGGCUACACAAAAACAGUUGUUCAGAAGGCUGCAUCAAACAAACAAACAAAACCAGCCGAGGAUCUUUCAACGGCUUCGGCAGAAUCAAUGGGCUCAUCUGCCAAUGUUACUUGCGGCACUGCUACAUUAAGCGCAGAAGCUGAUAGUGAACAUCUAUCAGCUGAAAAUGUUGGCGAGGGGAAGGGCGAUACAGGCGAUCAGCUUCAGGAAAGCUACGAGGACGUAUCUCAACAUGGCGAUAUCGAUUCUCCACCUGCUGAUGAUAAAGCUUUCGACAACGAAUCGGAUUACGAGGAUAACAUAACUGUGACGGUACCGCCAGCACAUCUCCAAAGUAGAGGAGCAUUUCGUGGUCACUACAACGGACGGCAGGCCCAUCAUCGUCACGAAACACCACCCGUUGGUCGAGAGUAUCCUCCUCCAUACAGCCGGAAUAAUAGUGAUAGUGGUGCAAGUCGAAAUACGGAACAACAUGCAACCGACGAAGUUGGAUCCCAUACGCCAACGGUAGACGAUAAGGAAAACAAUUAUAGUGUUGCACCUGCUGCUACUCCUAAACAUGAAUAUGACACACGAUCACCGGAUUAUCACCAGUCAACAACCAGGGGGCCUAUGCCCAUGCCACCGCACACUCAUCCUCCUCAUCAACAACCGCCUCCAAUGGCCGGUCAUCCUCCACCUCAUCCAGGUUACAUGGGUGCACAACCACACCCAGGCCCAGCAGGCCCUUACCCGGGACCUCCACCACACGGAGCGCCACACCCGUACCCCGGAGGAUACGGAAUGCAAGGUGGUUAUCCUCCCCAACGGCCUUAUGAUCACCAUGGCGGGGGAAUGUAUCAUGGAGAGCGUCCCCGAAUGAUGUACCCACCUCGUGCGGGCUAUCCUCCCCAUCCGCCGCACAUGAGACCGCGUCAUAUGGGUCCGAUGGGGCCGGGAGGAUAUCCUGGUGUACCCAACGUUGGACCUGGCGUAAUCGACGAUCCUUUGGAAGCAUUUAACCGUAUAAUGCGAGAAAAAGAACGCCGUAAAGAGCAGGAAGCGAAACAGGCUAGCCGUCAUCGGUCUCCUCACGCUGACCGUAAUCGUAGGUCUCGAUCGUUUGACAACAGUGGCAGCAACAAUCGACGGGGACGAUCGUCGCCGGAACGCGAACGACGACGAUCUCCGCGCGGCGCUCGAACUCCGGACCGGCGUCGUUCACCCGAAGAAAAGCAUGGUGACAAGCGCGAGCGGGAGCCGGAUCGAGACCGGGACCGUGAACGGGACAGAGAUCGCGAACGUGGACGGGAUCGGGACCGUGAGCAAGAUCGCAAUGGUAGACGUAGGAAUCGUUCCAGUUCGUACAGUUCUAGCGGAUCCAGAUCUUAUUCAAGAUCAACUAACAGGUCUCCUGCUAAACGUGGAAAGUCACCGAAGCGACGUUCGAGAAGUCCUUACCGAGAACGUCGCACACGCAGUCGAUCCAAGUCGUUCGAUGAUAGAAGACAUGGUAAACACAGUAAGGAUAGAAGAGAGGAUCGUCGCGAUGAACAUCGUGGCGAAUACCGAGACAACCGAGAGAGAUCACCGGGAUAUAACGCUCAUUAUCAAAGUAGCUAUCGCGGCCGCGGAGGUAACUAUAGAGGUGGUCCACGUGGUCGUGGCAGCAACCGAGACGGUGGCUAUCAGUCGCACUUCCCUCGUGGUUACGAUCGUGGCCACCCGCAAGGACCACCAGUGCAGACGCCUCAACACGAUCAGUACGGCCACCCAAUGGGACCGGGAGUGCCAAAUGAGUACCAUCAUCAUGACCCGGUACACCACGGCCACGGUGUGCCCCCGGGUGUGGUCGGAGCGGGCAAUAUACCACCGCACGGUGUUCCUCCGGCAGGACAUUAUCCGCCACCGCCCCAGCAGACGAUGCCUCCCAGCUCAGCUGGUCCAAACAGGUAUCCUCCGCGGGAAGCUCCCCGUGCUUACAUUGGACAUCCUGGGAAACCGGAUGCAAUGGCCUACUACGAACAGCCACCGCAGCAGGUUCCAGUUCAACAACCGCCACCUCAAGUCAACUCGGAACCUCCCCCACCAGGUUUCGAAGAACAGGAUAAUUGGUCUGGUAAACAAGAAACCGAAUACAGAGCUCCUGCCACAACAGCUCCAGUGGUCAAAGCACCGGAAGAGAGCAUUUAUGAUUACCACAAUACCCCAAAAAGCCGGGACCACGAACGAGCUCAUACACCGGUUAUUUAUGACGAUCGACAUGAGCAUACCACUCGAUCGCACUCCAAGGAAAAAGAGAGUAAAAAGAAGAUUCGUGAAGAGAAUUCUGAUCAUCAUCGUAAGGAGGAACGACGGGUCAGGUCGAAAACGCCUGAACGUCAUGAGAAAGAAAAGCCUUCUAAGCGAAACGAACAUGACAAAGACAAAGAUAAGAAACGCAGUGAAGCCAAACGAUUAUUGGAAAAGGAACGAGAGCGUGAACGAGAAAGAGAGAAAGAACGAGAAAAGGAGCGAGAGAAAGAAGCCAAACGAAAGCAACGAGAUUCAAGCGAGGAAGAUAAUAAGAAGGAUAAGAAAAAAGAUAAAGAGAAGAAGAAGAGGAAAAAAGAAAAGGAAGCAGAGAAGAAAAAACACAAGAAAGAGCGAAAGGAAAAAGAUAAAGAGAGGCGAUCGAAAGAAAGUAAAAAGGAGAGAAAAACCGUCGAAAAAGAAGAAGCUGAUAGCUCACUGCAACCAGCUACACCGAAACAUGCCCCACAUCAAAGUUUCGACGAGGAGACAUUGUUUUCUAAUGAUAGGCGGCAACCGGAGGUUGACACUACUCAAGAAUAUGUUGGUCAUGAAUUUGAAGAUACUCUUGUCAUACCAGAUCGAUUGCAGAAUAUUAGUAAAUCUAUAUCCGAGGGAGAAGAAGCUUCCUACCGCGAAGAACCUUCCAGCAGUCACGACCAAGAGCAUGAACUGCAUCCUCCACAGAUUGAAUCCAGCCACGAUCACAGUGAUCUGUAUUCGGAUAUUCCCGAUAAAUAUGAAGAAGAUCAAUUAGAGAAGUCGGUUCUAGAGGGACACCUUGGCGAAGAGGAUGUUGAUCUGGUGAACAGCACGGGGGUAGGUUCGGAAGAACAAGCACCAGAAGACAUCAAGCGGUCCGAUUCGAUUUUAGAUCUCCAUGCUAAUUUGGACUUCGAAGCUGAACUAGAAGAAGGUGAGCACAUGUCUCCGCCGAAAUUCAUUGGAAUACCUGAGCUUUCAAAGUGGGAAAUGGAAGAAGAUGGUGCUGUAAUUUCCAGCUCGGAUCGUAAACCGUCCUUGGAGGAGCACGGUAUCAUCUUAAAAUCAGAGGAACAUUCCGGUAAAGUGACAAACGAGGUGCUGAAACGUGCCGAGAAUGCUAUUUUCACACGCGCUAUUGCAGCUAUUCGACCGAUCGAAAUCAAGAAGAUUAGUUUGGACCGACAGAAGCUGUACUCGAAUGAGAUUGUGCUGGACGAGGAAAAACCAGGGCUGGAAAUCAAAGUUGAGAAGCAACAGGACGAUUUCAAACGAUUCCAGGUCACGGUUCCUACUAACGAUAAUAAUGCAGAACGAUCCGUCGAGCUCAAACCGGAACUCAACAAGCCGGAUGGUCGUGGUUCACCGAUACGAACCUCCAUCAAAGAACGUCUCGGAAGCAAAAUUACCGAAAUUCGUGGCAGCAGUUCAAGUACGUAUUCACGGUCACGUACACCACCACCCUCCCGAAAGGUGAAAGCUGUAUCAACCACAAGCACCCUGGCCAAGGUUGAGCAGUCGAGGAAACGUACACGGAGCAGGUCUGCGGAGCGCGAUGGGAGUGGCAGUAGAAAGCCUCGUAGUGACCGUGAGGACCGCCAGCGGGAUGAAAUACGUGUCAGCAGCAGAAGGCAGGAAACGGGCAGGCGGGUGGUAGUAGCUGUGCGUGAACCAAGCACUGAGAAGCGUCCCGCCCAUGAGAGAAAGGAACGAACUGAGAGAAGUGACGGGCGGAGCAAGGAUAGGUCAACUAAAGAUGAAAAAACUCGGGAAAAUAUUCCCAAUAGGAGCCGCGACCGUAGUCGUGAGCGUCGGCGAGACAGAUCCAGCACACCACAAAAACGUGAACGGGAGAAGGAACGUGAUCGGGAACGUGAGAAGACUCGCCGUAGAGAUCACAAAGAAGACGAUGAACGGCAUAAAAGAACUGAAAGCCGUUCGGAUAAAAUAAGUAGUCAGAAGGAAGAACGUAAGCCGCAACUUGAUCGCAAGCGAUCCGAAAUGGAGUCAGAACGGCGGCAUCAUGAUUUCAUGUUAUCGGAAAAAAGCCGUCACGAAGAGGGUAUUUCCCGACGAGAAGAUUCUCGUAAGCGUGUGCCAGACGAAUCAACCGAUAAGGUUCUAGAGCUGCACUUGAAAAAAUCGAAAUCGGAGAAAGUACCUAAAACUGUGGCCAGCUCGAGCGAUAGUAGCAGCUCUGAUUCGGAAUCAUCAUCGUCGGACUCCAGCAGCGAGUCGGAAGGCGAAAUCUCUAAGAAGCGCAAAAAGAGAAAGCAUAAGAAGGAGCGUAAGCGUGCCAAGCGUUCCGGGUCUACUGAGUCGGAUGAGUCCACCAGUAAAAAGAAGAAGAAGAGCAAAAAAUCCAAGUCGAGCAAGAAGAAGAAGAAAGACCGCAAGCACCGGAAGGAGUAAGGUGUCAGUAUUUGAUUUUGACGUGAAUUGUACAGCUAAGAAGGCACGCCUUGGUUAAAGUUCUGGGUUGACCAGAACGAAGUUUGUCAAUGAAAACCGCUUGACACACUUCACCGGUGCGUGAUAAUAGUGAAUGGCGGUUAAUUACUGCAAUCAUUGAAAAAAAGAAAUGAAUUCGAUUUCAUGUACAUGGUAAUAUCCUGUAAAAGCAGUUUCGUUGAGUAAGAAAUAAAAAUUCUAGAACUGA